AUGGCCGUCUGUCAAGAAGCUCAUAAGCCCCAUGACUUCUCCUUUGGGGCUUCCAGGCACCACAAGCGUCGCAUGAGCAACGUUGCUGAACAGGAUGGUACUAUCGGACCAUCUCUCAAGUGUCUAUUCAUGGGUAUAGCAGCAGUAAAGCUUGACGACAACAAGGUGGCAGUUUCGCUGGCCGCACACGAUACCACAUAUCUUUUAGACUUCACGGUCGAGCAUUUACGACUGAAUUCAGACCCUGCAACCACACAAGACGUCAUAGCAGACUAUGUAAUCGAUGCAGUACAACGAUACGAACAUGAGCACUAUGUCAAGAUGAUUGGAGCAGGCGUAUCUUCAAUCGUGACAGAACUCAGUCCGAAACUCUGUUCACGUCUUUGGCUACAAGUUGAUGUGAUUCCCCUUGUACUACAUCACUAUGAUAGUACAGAGCGACCAUCUUUCUGGGAGGCUAAACAGGUUGAUGAACAGGCAGACUCUAUGGCUCGGAAAUGUGUAAUGUUGUGUUUUGGGCCUUCAUUUGUGCCUUUGCUCCAGGUGGGAUGGCGAGGUGCCGUUCAAGUUGACUCUGCUUUUCGAGUACAGCUGAGUACAUCUGCCGACCACCAGAAUACAGUGACCAGAGAGACUUGGAGUGCGGUGACUCAAUUUGCCAGCAGGCUAAAGCAAAUGGGAACCAAGAUCGCCUUUUUCAGUGCCACACCACAGGGCGGGGGCGUGGCAUUGAUGCGACAUGCACUUGUGCGAUUCUCAAAACUCCUGGAUGUUGACUUGACCUGGUAUGUUCCCAAGCCACGGCCCGGCGUCUUCCGCAGUACCAAGAAUAUGCACAACAUUCUCCAGGGAGUCGCCAAGCCUGAUCAGCGACUGUCCGACGAUGAGAAGGACGCCAUCAGAGGCUGGAUAACAGACAAUGCUAGGCGAUACUGGCUUGCCGAAGGCGGACCUCUGCGACCGAGUGCCGAGGGUGGAGCAGAUGUCAUCGUGAUUGAUGACCCACAAAUGCCUGGUCUCAUACCGCUGAUCAAAGAGAUGACUCCCAACCGACCUGUACUGUACAGAUCUCAUAUUCAAAUACGAAGCGACCUCAUUGCUCAGGUUGGAUCUCCUCAAGAGGAUGUUUGGAAGUUUCUGUGGGAUGACAUUCGCCAUGCGGAUAUGUUUAUUAGCCACCCAAUCCCACAAUUCGUGCCACACAAUGUACCUCGCGAGAAGGUUGCCUAUAUGCCUGCAACUACUGACUGGCUGGAUGGACUGAACAAGCCGAUGAACGAUUGGGACAGUGGCUAUUAUGGAAACAACUACAACAUCCAGUGCAGAGCACAACAAAUGACCGAGCUCGACUACCCAAGUCGAAAAUAUAUUGUCCAGGUUGCACGAUUCGAUCCCGCUAAGGGAAUCUCUACUGUGAUUGAUGCAUAUGCCGAAUUUCGCAGACGCGCAAAAAUAUCGGGUCUGAAAGAGAUCCCACAGCUCGUGGUCGCAGGAAACUCCUCCAUCGAUGAUCCUGAUGGGAACAUGAUAUAUGAUCACGCUCUUGAUCAGAUUGAGACUCACUAUGCUCAUCUUGCUAAGGAUAUCAGUGUCAUGAGAUUGGAUGCCAACGACCAGCUCCUGAAUACUCUUAUAGCAAAAGCGCACGUAGUUCUACAGCUCUCUACUCGAGAGGGCUUCGAAGUGAAGGUGUCGGAAGCACUUCACGCCGGACGGCCGGUCAUUGCCACUCUUGCCGGAGGCAUACCAUUGCAGGUAAAAGAUAACUGCAAUGGCUUUCUGGUUGCGCCUGGCGACUACAGCGCGGUGGCACAGCAUUUGCUUGAGCUAUUUUCCGAUCAUGCUUUGUGGGAAGAUAUGAGUACAGCUGCACGGACAGGCGUCAGUGACGAGGUCAGUACACCUGGAAAUGCGCUGGCGUGGUAUUACCUUGCCAUGAAGUGGACCGAGACCUGCAGUCAAAAGCCCAAGGGUACAUUGGCAGGUAAGGAGGCAUGGGUCAACGAUUUGGCUCGGACGGAAGCCAAAUGCACUUUUGUAGAAGCUGAAAACCGCCUUCCUCGUUGGUUUACCAAUCAGCGCAAUGUUCCGCUACUCUCACGAGACAAAAGUCUUGAAAAUUACCAAGCCUAA